CCGUUAUCCGGAGGUGCGCGUUAUUAUUAAGACACUGAGGAGAUCGUAAGAUAUUCUGAUCCCGUUUGGUGAAUGGAAUAGUGAAUGCGGACCCGCUCACACCUGAGGGCUAGGCUACUAUAUGCAGGUGGGAAGCAAGGAGUAUCUGCAUGAGAAUUCUAUUUCUUUCCCAUGGAUUUAAUACUGAUGUAUUAAUCUUAAACAAAAACGAUCUGGGCACGGGCUGGAUACAUCUGCAUACAAAUUGGAUUUGAGUGAAACGGACGCUCACAGACAGUCGCGGAGCUCGUUCAGAUGAAUGUGUAAAGAAACCUUGGCACGAUGACUCUGUUUAAUGGCUUUGGGAAAAACACAUGUGGACAGUUCCGGAUGUGGGUAUUCUGGAGGCUAAGGAUGCUUUUUGUGCUUUGCGUUGUAGUGGAACUGUUAACUGUAAUGGUUGGCGGUGAGGGCACACCAGGUAUUUUGGAGCUCCAGUUAGAUGAGGAGCAACCUGCGGGGACAAUAGUGGGUGACAUUAGCGCUGGUUUGCUACCUGGAGUUACAGCUUCUCUAUACUUCAUCUCUGAUCACGAAGGCACUGGCAUCAGCAGUGAUCUCCACAUCGAUGAAACCACAGGCAUCAUCAAGACUGCAAGGCGACUGGACCGAGAGGAAAGGGACCAUUACAGUUUUAUAGCAGUAACUAUGACAGGUUUCACAGUCAAGGUCUCCAUCACUGUAAAUGAUAUCAACGACCAUGCCCCGGCAUUCCCCAAGAACAAAGCCACUUUGAAGAUCCCAGAGCAAACGGCGGUGGGAACUAAGUUUUCUCUUGAGCCAGCCACUGAUGCAGAUAAGGAUCAGCUUACUGUACAAGGAUAUCAGAUCAAAGAAGGCAAUGUAGGACAAGUGUUCCGUCUUGAAACCAAAAGAGCAGCAAAUAAAGUCCUUUACCUUGACUUGGUGGUCAAUGGAGUCUUGGACCGAGAGAAGAGAUCCUCCUACUCCUUGGUGUUUGAGGCCUUUGAUGGUGGAUCUCCAAGGAAAACUGGUCAGAUGACUCUUGAUGUUUUGGUGCAGGAUAUCAAUGACCAUGCUCCGACUUUCAACCAGAGUCGCUACAAUGCCAUCAUCUCUGAGAGCCUUCCUCAGGGAAGCAACAUCCUGCAAGUUUUUGCGACAGAUGCUGAUGAAGGAGACAACGGUCUUGUGUUGUACGAGAUAAACCGGCGACAGAGUGACCCGGACCACUACUUCGUCAUCGACCCUCGCUCUGGAAUCAUUACGCUCAAUAAGCUUCUAGACUAUGAGGUGAGGAAGGUUCAUGAGUUGGUCGUCCAAGCCAGAGAUAAUGCGAGCCAUCCAGAGAUCACCAAUGCCUUCGUUACAAUCCAUGUGCGAGACUACAAUGAUAACCAGCCAACCAUGACCAUUAUCUUUCUCAGUGAAGACGGCUCGCCCCAGAUCUCAGAAGGUGCUCAGCCGGGCCAAUACGUUGCAAGAAUCUCUGUCUCGGACCCUGAUUAUGGCGAAUACUCCAAUGUCAACGUGUCUCUUGAAGGAGGUGAUGGGAAAUUUGCCCUGACCACCAAAGACAGUAUCAUCUACCUCAUCUAUGUUGACCAGACUCUGGAUCGGGAAGAGAGGGAUUCUUAUGAGCUUCGUGUCAUGGCUACUGAUUCUGGAACCCCGCCGCUUCGUGCAGAGUCCUCGUUCACGAUUCAUGUCACCGAUGUCAAUGACAAUCCACCUCUCUUUGACCAACAGGCUUACAAGCAGACCAUACCAGAAGUGGUCUACCCAGGUAGCUUUGUGCUGCAAGUGACUGCCAGGGACAAAGACCAAGGUCCCAAUGGUGAUGUCCGCUACAGCAUCCUACCAGACAAGAAGACUCUCGCCAGUUGGUUCACCAUUGACCCCAUCACAGGUAUCAUAACCACUGCAACCAAGCUGGAUUAUGAGACGGACCCAAAGCCAAGUAUCAAAGUAGUGGCCACUGAUGGAGGACGACUGCCGUUAUCCUCCACUGCUCUGGUAGAAAUAGACCUCCAGGAUAGUAACGAUAAUGAGCCAGUGUUUGAAAGCAGCUUCUACAAUGUUUCAAUCAAGGAGAACACGUCAGCAGGGACCUGCUUCCUUGAGAUUUUUUUGCAUUUCCUUCUACUCUUGUGGCUGUUCGACCUUCGCUCAUUUGUGAGCCUGAUCUACACUGCUGUUGUCUCAGGGGUCCAGAAUGUUGCUGUUGAAAAGUUGCUUCACGGGACAGCAGGUGGUUGA